AUGGGCACAGACUUUGUCUUCAUCAACGUCAAAAAGCCCAAGGAUGCACUCCAUCUCGCCAAGGAGCCGGAGAUCCGGGCCCACGUCACUCGCCAUCAAUGGAAGCAAAGCGAAGCCCGCGCUUCGGCCCUGCGCAAGCCUAAGCUCGAGCUAGCGCCGGUAUUCGACGAUCGGAGCCACAAAUCUGCAGCGGCAGAUUUCACGCGAGAGUCUCAGUACCGCGAGCCUGUUGAGAGUCUGCUUGAAAUUCUCGCUGCUAUCCCGCCGCAGCUGGGUGGACUGCGGGUUGAUUCUUUCCAGUCGUACCCGAUCCCGUUUAGAUCGUGUAUUCCCUUGCUGGUGGACCAUUACCUGGUCAGCAUGGCCGUGGAUAUCCCCGAGCUCGACCAGCCGGGCAACCGCGGCCUCCUGCGAACAUCGUGGUUCCCACUCGUGAUGACCGAGCCGUCUCUGUUCCUAGUGAUUUUAUUGCUCGCGGCAUCGCACUACGCUUCGUUGCAGAGCGAUCCACAUGAGAUGAAGCUCAACCUGUUGGGUCUGCGAUGCGAAGCGGUGCAGGCGAUCAACAGCGCCCUGGAAGUCCAGCAAUCGCAAUACGUCAACGAUGCAUUGGUCGGCGCGAUCGCGAAAAUGGCGAGCUACGAGGCAAUGUUUGGGAGCAUGGACGCUUACAAUGUGCAUAUGAACGGCCUCUUGCGCGCUGUUUCUCUCCGUGGUGGGCUGUCGUCGCUUGGGCUGGGUGGGUUGCUUCGACGGAUUGUGGUAUGGAUUGAUCGCAAUUCGGCCUUUUUACAUGGAUCGGCGUUGCAUUUCCCUGGUGCUUCUUUUGUGCCGGGGCAGCCGUUGCCGGAUCCCAACCCGGGGCAUUUUCUCGGUAGUUCAUGA